UAGCCCCCUCCUCAUAAGACAGAACCUGCUGCUUCAUCCACCCACACAGACAGACCGACACUUUCUCAUUCAGCUCUCGUGCCCAUACGCUGCAUCACGUGCCAAAACAUGGCUGACAAACCCAACAUGACGGAAAUCACAUCCUUCGAUAAAACUAAACUCAGGAAGACAGAGACCCAAGAAAAGAAUCCCUUGCCAACCAAAGAAACUAUUGAACAGGAGAGACAAGGAGAGUCCACGCCUUGAAUGGUGCUUUCAGUCACACAACAGAGAGCGAAGUGAACGACUGAGAUCAACCAGAAGAGACACUUUGAGAGGAAUUGAACUAGUAACUGAUGUGACAUUUGUUUUAUAGUUUUGUUUUUGUUCGAGAAUUAAAUAAAAAGAAAUGUACGGAUGUGUUUUAUCCAGUGGGGUCAGACUG